AUGUCUUCUCAACCCGAUAAUCGAUCCUGGGAUAUCCAGCAAAAGGAUGCCAAACAGGCGUUGGCGGAGGACAAAUAUGAUGACUGCUUGUCCUGCAGAGUAACUGGCUCUGCGGCAUUCGUUGGUCUCGGCAUCUACAGCUACUAUACUGGCAUGAGCAAUCUGCGGAAACAAGAGAAAAUGAUUAUGCAAGGUCCCAGCAAAUACAAGAUGGGCUCACGACAGCUCGGAAUUGCUUCCAUAUCUGCGACUCUAAUCGGUAUGGGAAUCUGGCGCGCAUUGAACUAG